UGUUCAAAGCGUUUCUUGACCACAAAGGUUGACAGGUGCGUGACGGGUCUUGUUGCACAACAGCAGACAAUUGGCCCUCUCCAACUUCCACUUGCUGAUGUCGCUGUAAUUGCACAGACAUACAAAGAUCUGACAGGUGGCGCUUGCGCCAUUGGAGAACAACCACUUAAGGGUUUGCUUAAUCCUGAGGCCAUGGCAAGGCUUGCUGUUGGGGAGGCAUUGACCAAUCUGGUUUGGGCCAAGGUUACAUCUCUCGCUGAUGUCAAGGCAAGUGGCAAUUGGAUGUAUGCUGCAAAGCUUGAUGGAGAGGGAGCUGAUAUGUAUGAUUCUGCUGUUGCAAUGGCUGACUGCAUGAUUGAACUUGGUAUUGCAAUCGAUGGAGGAAAAGACAGUCUUUCUAUGGCAGCUCAAUGUGAUGGCGAGCUUGUCAAGGCUCCUGGAAACCUCGUCAUCAGUGCUUAUGUGACAUGUCCUGAUAUAACCCUGACGGUUACUCCAGAUUUAAAGCUUGGGAAGAAUGGAGUUCUGCACAUUGACCUGGCUAAAGGGAAACGAAGACUCGGUGGUUCUGCUCUUGCACAAGCGUUUGACCAAAUUGGAAAUGAUUGCCCAGAUAUAGAAGAUGUCCCUUACUUGAAGAAAGUUUUUGAGGUUGUUCAAGAGUUGCUCAGUGAACAUCUGAUUUCUGCCGGUCAUGACAUUAGUGAUGGUGGGCUUAUUGUUACAAUUCUUCAGAUGGCAUUUGCUGGCAACUGUGGUGUUAGUCUCAAAAUAGAAUUAAAAGAUAAUGACCUUCUUCAAUCACUCUUCGCCGAGGAGCUUGGUCUUGUUAUUGAAGUGAACAGAGCAGACCUUGAUGCCGUAAAUCAAAAGCUUCAAGUGGCAGGGGUUUCUGCUAAUGUGAUUGGAGAAGUAACUGCAGCACCAGAAAUAGAGCUGCUUGUUGAUGGUGAAAUGCGCUUGAAGGAAAAAACGUCAGACCUCAGAGAUUUGUGGGAGGAAACAAGUUUCCAGCUUGAGGAGCUACAGCGAUUGAAGUCUUGUGUCAAGCUUGAGAAAGAAGGCUUAAAGAGUCGAACAUCACCUUCAUGGCAUUUGUCUUUCACUCCCAAAUUUACAGACAAGAAACUCUUGACUUCAUCCUCGAAACCAAAGGUCGCCAUCAUUCGUGAAGAAGGAAGCAACAGUGACAGGGAAAUGUCUGCUGCAUUCCAUUCUGCUGGUUUUGAACCAUGGGACGUCACGAUGUCGGAUCUCUUGAAUCAAAAGGCUUCUCCAGCGGAAUUCUGUGGGAUUGCAUUUGUUGGUGAUUUUAGCUACGCAGACGUUCUAGACUCAGCAAAAGGUUGGGCUGCGUCCAUCAGGUUCAACCAGCCCCUUAUACAGCAGUUUCAGGACUUCUACAAUAGGCCCGACACGUUCAGCCUUGGAGUGUGCAAUGGGUGUCAGCUCAUGGCUCUUCUUGGUUGGGUUCCAGGACCAGACAUUGGAGGCUCCCUCGGUGCAGGGGGAGACAUGUCCCAGCCAAGGUUCACUCACAAUGAGUCUGGCCGUUUCGAGUGUCGGUUUAUCAGUGUGACGAUUGGGGACUCUCCUUCCAUAAUGCUGAAAGGUAUGGAAGGCUCUAGUUUGGGCAUCUGGAGUGCUCAUGGUGAAGGGAAAGCUUUCUUCCCAGAUGAAAAUGUCUUAUCUGACGUCGUUAACUCUAAUCUGGCCCCUCUGCGAUACUGUGAUGAUGCUAAUAACGUCACAGAGGUGUAUCCCUUCAACCCCAACGGUUCUCCUCUUGGUAUUGCGGCUCUUUGCUCCCCGAAUGGAAGGCAUCUUGCUCUGAUGCCACACCCCGAGCGUUCCUUUAUGAUGUGGCAGUAUCCAUGGUACCCCAAGGAGUGGCAGGUUGAGAAGGGUGGACCCAGCCCUUGGUUGCGCAUGUUCCAAAAUGCAAGAGAAUGGUGUUCAUAGAGAAGGGACCAAAUUGAUGACCUGUGCGGAUGCUUAUUCUAAGCUUUGGGGGCUUAUGGACCAGCUUUCUACUGUAGAACUGGUGUGCUCACGGAUUAACCGAAUACAACUAUGUCUGCGAAACAACCAUCUCGCGAAGAACUCGUGACAGACAGACAGCAGUCACCUGAAAA